AUGUCGCGUAAUUUUUUUUCGACAAGUAAUGCUGAACGAAAACGACAAAAGCGUGCUGCAGAGAGAGAGGAAAUGCUCGCUGCCGCCAUCAAAAGCAGUGAGGAUGAUACAUCCGACGCUGAAAUGGACAUCACCAUACCAAAAACAUUAUUAAUUAAUGACCAAUCAGCUUCAUGUAAUACAUUUCAAAUUGAUAAUUUAGCUGCACAACAAUCAGAUAAUGCUGUUUCCUCUUCAUCAUCUAGUGCAGACGCUGUCAAUGAUGAUGAUGAUGAUCUUGAUGAAUUAUUUCAUGCGGCUGAUAUGAAUUAUCAACGAAAAAUUUAUACCAAUAGUUUUUUAUCAAUAUGUGAUGCAUGCGAAAUAAUUAUCAAAUUAUCUCGCCGAUUAAAUUUAGAUAAAAGUAAAACAACAAUUUUGUUAAAUGGCAUAAGAUCUUUAUUACCAAGCGACAACAAUUUGCCAAGAACAAUCGUGGGCCUUAUGAAAAUUCUUGGUGGUUUUAAUAACAAUAAAAAAGUUAUUUACUAUUGUACGGAAUGUCUUACCCAUUUGACUACACCACAACAAACGAUAUGUUUGCCAAAUUGUGCAUUGAAUAAUAAAUAUCGUCCUUUUUCAAAUUUAAUCACAUUUGAUCUGCCGGCCCUUGCAUUAAAUUGCAACGUGGCACAAUAUAACGGAUAUUAUACUUGUCCAUUCUGUACAAUACCAGGUGUAUCAAUUGAUAAACAAGUCUUCUAUCCGUAUUCACCUAAUCCAUAUCCAAGAAAAAUAGUUGAUGAUUAUCGACGACAUGGAGUAUCAAAUUCUGCAAGCAUUACAACUUUUGGUAAUAAAGGUGCAACACCACUAACACAUAUUUUAUUAUUUCCAUCUCAAAUCUCUAUUGAUUAUAUGCAUUUGUCUUGCAGUGGACACAUGAAAACCUUAAUUGGUUAUUGGCACAAGAUGUUGUUACCACAUGUUUUUUUAGAAGUAUCAAAUUAUUUAACAUCAGUAGCAUUACCACAUCAUUUCAAAUAUCAGUUCAUGCCUUUAGUUGAUUAUAAUACUUGGAAAACAAAAUUCUUCAGUCGAUAUCGUCGUGGUUUUAAAACAUUUCAUUCUAAAGCUUAUUCUCGUGAUGGAAAAGCGAUUAGUUAUCAAGUAUCACUUACUAAUUCUAAAUGCAUACAAGCAAGAAAAAAAUGUUUUGUUGAAGUGUUAUUUUACUUCAAAUUAUUCAAUGUUAACUAUGCAUUUGUAAAAAAAUAUUCAUGCAUUAAUUUUAGUUUAGCAGCAGGAUUAACAACAGUUAUUAUUCCACAAAAUAUUCUUAAACGAUUUGAUUCUUAUUUCGGUUUAUUUAAUGCCAAGCAAUAUUCAUAUAAAGUAGUUUCUGUUUCCGAUAUUAUAAAUAAAAUUUAUUGUAUCAUGCUUCGUUCUUUGUGUCGAUUGACUGCAGGAAUAAACAAUCGCUAUUCUUCAAAAGAAUAUGUAUUAGCAUCAUUCAUGAAAGGUACAAAACAUGCGGUAAUACCAACGACAUCCAUCAAUAUUAAUCCAAUAAAUACGGAUAAAGGUGAAAUAAAAAUUUGUGGUGAUACAACUCCAUUAAUAAUUGUUGCAAAAGUAUACAAUCCAUCAUCAACAUUGAAUAAACGUCAUCAUGACUUUGAUAGUUCACUUGAUGGAAGUGAUGAUGAUGAAGAUGAAGCACCACCAAUUGUUAGUAAGAAACGUCCAGACAUCAAUGAUAGCAGUAAAAUGUUAAACAAAUUAUUAAGCCGAAAGAAAGCACCAGCAAAGAAAAAAAAGAAAACAACAACAAUUAUAGAUGAUUCAACAGAUGUUGAAUGCAAAGGAUGUAGCAUUCUACGUGAAGAAUUAAACAAAUUUCAAAAACGUUUGGAACGUGUCGAACGAGUCAUUCCAGCAAUUUGUUUGAACACACCAGGAACAACAAAUACAACACCAUCUUUACCAAAAAUUGAAGAAAUUAAUCAAAAUAUCAAAGAAAUUUUUGGCGUCGAGGCAAGUGCAGUCAAAGGUCCACGUGAACGACCUACUAUCAUUAUUCGACAUUUGUUUACCAUAUCAAACCAUGUAACAAAUUAUCGACAAUAUUUAGAGAAGCAUUCUGAUCUUUUAAAAGAUUUCGUUCAAUACCGUUGUCCAGGAAUAAUUAACAUUGAACAAACAUGGAAUGAGAUUAUUAAAUCAAUGGGUUCAUUAGAAAAUGAUAUAAAGAAAAAUUCGAAAAAAAAGAAGCUCGACAAAUAG